AUGUCCACCGUGCAGGCGGCAGGGAUACCCACCCACCACCCCAGGGUCUACAACAUCCACAGUCGGAAUGUCACCCGGUACCCUGCCAAUUCCAUCGUCGUGGUCGGAGGCUGCCCAGUCUGCAGAGUCGGGGUUCUGGAGGACUCCUUCACCUUCCUGGGCAUCUUCUUGGCCAUCGUCUUGUUCCCCUUUGGGUUCAUCUGCUGUUUCGCCUUGAGGAAGCGAAGAUGCCCCAACUGUGGAGCCAACUUUACUUAA